AUGAGCUACGUACUGCGCGUGCGCCAAGAGUUCACAUUCAACAGUGCCCCGGCCAUCGCCAUAGAGGCGUACAGCGCUAGGUUCUGCCGGCACGGACUAUCGAUCAUGCACUGCAAGCGUGUCGACCGGACCGCGCGCCUGCGCGCCGGGUCAACCGACGCCAACUUCAACAUGGACUUCAGUAGCAACAUUUCCCCGCGCGCCGUCCCCAGCUGCACGUCGUACUUUGAUCUCCUCAGCGCCGUGCAAGGUCUGACGUCGUUCGCGAACGCACACUGGCACGAGCCCAUGGCCCGCGUCAUGUACCGGGUCCGCGAGUUUGUGACAGCCAACAUGGAUGCGGACCCUGCACACUCCGCGGACCGUGUCGAGCGCACACUGGACGAAGUCGACCGGUUCCUGGGCGACGCCUUCGCCCCGCUGGCGUCCGACUCGCCGUACUGGUGGCGGGAAUUUUCCACGACCGCCGCACAAAUCGGGUUCAGCUCAGUCGCCUGGUCCUUGGCGCUGGCCGAACUGGCUCAAGCUCCCGCUCGACACGCUGCCCCCAUGCACGCCCGCAACGCUCGACCGCCGUCGGCCCCGGCUCCUGCUCGCCCGCGCGCCAUGUCGGAGCGACCGGCUGGCAUCCCCGAGCAUAUUCGCCGAUUGAUCCCCCGCGACGCCGACGAGAUCGAGCCCUGCUUGAAGUUCUUCGGCGGCGGCAUGUGCGCCGGCGGAUCACGCUCCACAUGCACCGCCCCGGGCCGCACCCACGUGUGGCCGUCCGCGUUACCUGAUGCUCUCACUGCCUUCAUCACGCAGCGGUUCGGCGGCCGCAGGAUCCCUCGCGCGCGCCGGUCAUGA